AUGUCCACCACUCUCGCUUUCCCUUCCGAUAUCAUUGCUUUCCUCGACAAGUCGGUCCCCUGGGACAAACCAUCCUUCGUCUCGCUGUCGCUCCAACCAGCAUUGCAAGACACUGGUGUCGACGUCGAUGUCCAGUACACCCUCAAGGAUCAACGCCGAAUUGCCGAGCACUCUGAAUACGAGAUGUUCCGUGCACAUCUACUCAAGAAUGACGAGGUCCUUAGCAAGGACACCUUGAAGGUCGUCUGCAAGUCUGCAACUCGGAGCUGGGGCCCAGAGUUAUUCGACGCCCUGUCCAAGGAGGCUGCACUGUACCAGGGCAGACUGCUCAAACUUCAAGGGGUAUAUGUUCCCAAGUUGAUCGGUUUCUUCGAAGGCGCGGGCCCCAAGGGGGACAUUAUACGGUGCCUAGUCCUUGAACACGUAGGUCAGGGGUCGGAGGCACCCCAACGUUGGUCCUCGAACCUCUCAGAUCUCGAGAUCAGGAAGCAAAUGCUCCAAGCAAUGGUCGCUAUCCAUCAGGCCGGCGUCGAACAUGGCGGCUGGCAUGGCUCGCCGUACACAGUGAAGGGCGACAAGAUCUACAUUAUAGGCUUCAGCGAGGGGAAGGAACACACAUGCAGAGUGCGCGAGGGCGUGGACCUCCGGCUCGGCAUGAUCGAGCCUCUCACAUCGGACGUGCUCUGUCUUGAGAUGUUCCAGGUGGCCGCGGCGACGCACGCUUGGAUCGAUCGUGGUUGGCGGUACAUGGAUAUGAUUGUCGGUGUGGACACGAUCAUCGAGGGUGGCGUGGAGGCGCUCGUUGCGCUCGCCGACGGCGAGCCAGACGCACGCCGCAAGGCGGAAGAGCUGUGCGAUCUGGUGAAGAGGAGGUUCGCGGACGGUGGGUGCGACGACAUGGAAGGAGAGCUCGCAAAAUUCAGGGUCAGGGAAGAGCUGCUCAGGAUCAGGCUGGAGGAGCUCGAGCGGACUGAAACAUUCAUGACCGAGGAGGACGACACGGAUUACCGCGAAGAACCUGCCGCAGACGGGGACUCAGACUCGGAUGAGUGGAGAUGA